UACACCCACGAUGUGGCAACGCCCUAACUUAGCGCCGCAUCGUUCAUAUCAAUUGUUUACACAUUUUUAUAAAUAACAGCCAAUAACCCCGGCAUAAAUGUCCAAGGAGCGGUUCGGGCCUAACUUGAAGCUGUUCCCCGACGAACUUACGUGAUACGAGCCCUGUGCGUGAGCCCGCGAACACGCACAUGGAGCAGCAACAGGCGACGCCGCCAAAGAAGCGCAGACACAGCGAGUACCACGAUCCAGAUUAUCACCAAACGGAAGUUUCCACCCAGAAUCAGGAUGAAACCAGUACGGUGGCUAGCAUGCCAAUCCAUAAGAAGCGGCCCAAAGUGGAACAAACGGCGGAGAAGAUGGCAGCUCUCCCUGACAAAUUUGAACGCAUCCGGGAGCUUCUCAGUCUGGAGUUCCAGCGCGAAAUCACCAAAAAGGUGGAGCAGCUGGCCGAGAUUGACCGACGACUGCUACAAGGACGACAGUUGUUGGACAAGCUUCGCUACCAUGUGGUCAACGAGUAUUACCGGAAGCAACAGGUUCCCCUUACAGCCGCCGACGUGGCGAAGGUUCGCGGUGAAAGCCUCUUUGGAGACGAUCAGGGUGCGCCGCAGUUGCCUCUGCACCCGGCCAUCAAGAAAAUUGUUGGCAAGCGUCCGGUUCCCAUUCAAAAUCAUCUGCCAGAGCGCACGGCUGCCACCUUGGCCAAGCAAACCAUUCGACUAAGGAAUCCCGCACAUCGUCGGGCUGAAAGGCGGCGACAGCAAAAGAUCAAGCAACAGGGCAUCGUAACCGACCACUCCAAGGACUCAAAAAAGCAGCCAGAGCAAGGGACUCCGAUUCCCGUUAAGCUGGAUGAAGAGCAGCCAUGCACUAGUCGGCAGGCCCAUGAGAGACAACUGGAACUUAAUGCCUCUCGGCUAAACAACAAAAACAAGUUUAUUUUUGUAGUUGGCAACACAUCCAAGUACAUUUGCGAAGGUUCUCAAGAAGAAACAAGCGGUGGUCAAGCCUUGAUCUACAAGUGGUUGGUUUACAUACAAGGCAAAGAUCUACCCCAACCAUUGGAAAAUUACAUUAAAAAGGUUCGCUUUCACCUGCAUCAUUCCUAUCGACCCAACGACAUUGUUGACGUGCACCGUCCUCCGUUUCAGCUAAACCGUCGGGGAUGGGGUGAGUUUCCCAUGCGUAUCCAGCUGUUCUUUCAAGACUACUUGCAACAGAAGCCCGUGCAAUUGAUGCACACAGUGGUGUUGGAUAAAACAAGAUGUGGGCUGCACACGAUGGGUGCGGAGACCACUGUGGAGAUAUGGCUAAGAACAGAACAGGCAUUGACAAAACAGAAAAGUGUGAAAUCUCCGCCUACGUCUAAUCUGCCGCUUGCAAGUGCUGCUCCUCCAAUUGCUGCGGAACCUCUUUUAGAACCUGCACCGUUUCCAUCCCCCGUCGGGUCGUGCAAGCCACGAACCAUCUCGAUUACACAAAAUAAGGAGGAAUUAGAUGACAAUCUGUUUGCUGGGAUUAACAAAAUUGAGCUGAGCGACGACAUCGAGCAGAUAGAACCCACUGUGCUAGUUUCGGAGCCUCUGAAGUUAAGUUACAGUCCCAGAAAGCAGGCACCCGUUCCAUCGACGCCUCCCAGGUCUCAGCUUCGGUUAAAUGCGGAUCCAGUCAGCGCUUCUCGACCUUCAGUAGUAUAUCUACCAGUAAACGGCAGAAGUCCAAGGCAGGAAUCUUUUCUAGAAAAGAAAAGUCUGGAGUAUUCCCCAGUGAAGCACAACACAGAGCCUUCGCCACAGAAAGCAUGGCAGGAAUCCUUGUCAGAUCAGCCCCUUAUAAAGCCUGUGCGGAAUGGACAUCAUCAGGGCAAAAAGAAUGUUGUGUUCCAAAGAGCUGGAAAGCUGUACAUAAUUGAUCCCUUGCAGCGGAAGAUUAAGCAGGCUGCGAAACAACAAUCGUUGCUGAAGCCACAAUUGAGUCUUCUAAAGCCGCCUUCAGUAACGCGCUGGCAUCUAUUACUGUGUAUUCAGCAUGAUCAUGGGUAUGCUAACAUGAGCGGCGAGGUGGAGGAUAACAAAAUACUAUCCUAUAUUGUUACUCCAGUUGUGGAAACACCGUUGCAGAGGAGACCCAGAAGGUUGGAGCACAUCUUUGAGAGUGUCGAAUUCCAAAACAUGCGGAGUGCAGUGGAAUUCCUGCUGCGUCGUCUGCCACUUACGGCUAUUAAUCAGAAGGAGGAGUAUCCUUUCACAUGUAUAACCCUCGAGGAAUUCCAAAAGCAAACUGCUUUAAAGCAACGGUGUUUUGAGUACUUGCGGGCACGUCUCCUGCGUCGCUGUUUGAUGCAACAUCACAAUCUGCAGCAGCUGGAUGCCAGUGGGAUGGAACACUAUUGGAGCUUGCGGGAGAUUGUAGCGUUCGCCAGGGUCCAUGGUUACACACCGCCUCUUAAAGUUUUUUUAUCCGGCGUGGAAAAAAGACGGAAACAAAAACUGGCCGCCGAAGAUCAACUGGCUCAGCGAGUGCAAGCGCAACUCAAAGGAGAGCCACAGCCGCAACUAUCGUCCUUUAGUAGUCUCAGUUCAGGGAAUCGGCUGAACAUCUGGAUAGGCAAGCAAUCCCAACGGCUGAUUGGACACAAUGAAAAGAUGCAGGAUAAGGAGUUUAUUGAUGUGCUCGGUGUUGAUAAGCCACAUUCACACGCGUCGCCCGACAUUACUUUUACAAGUAGAUCCCUUCAAAUGGCGAAUAAUCGCCAAUUGCUUUACCUACCUCCACCGAAACAUUUGGAUUCGGCCUUGCAGCUGGUUCAAGAAAUCUGCAAGGAUAUCAAUAUCACUCUAGAGCCGGAGGAAUCUCCACCCGGAAUCUUCCAGCCGGUGGCCCUUACCGUACUUGGGCAGGUGCUGCGCACUUUUGUAGAAAGAUUGGUACGUCGGUCCUUGGCGGCCAAAACGCAACAGGAGACCUUAGAGCACCUGCCACCGGCGGCGGCUAAUGCCCAGUUUUGGCUGCAACCGCAGGACAUAGGCCGUGUCAUUGGUCAGUGCUCCGAGCUGGACUUCCUAGGAAACACACACUUGGGUGUUUCCCCGAUGGAACCACCAACUUAAAGUUUUGCCAUUGUUUUGAAUUUAUAUUUUAUCAAGUGCUCGUUAUAGUUCAAAUUCUACUGAGAUAUAUAUUUAUAUAUAUAUUAGUCGAUAUUUAAUUAGUCUCUUGUACUCGUUAGUAAGGAUAAAACUAAGCAAUAAAUUAUCUUAAUUAUUUCUUUAAAAAAAA